UCUCGUCUACAACGUUAUGUUAUCUGUAUCUUUGUUUUGUUCACAUCAUUAUCAAUCUUAGUUUUUCUACCAUUGUUGUCGGAAAUAUCUUCAAAAAAACACUCAGCCAUUCCUUAUGAUCCAAACAGUCCUUCCCAUAACUCAAAUAAAUUGGUGAAUUCCAAGGGAAACCAAAUAUUCAUUCCUUCCAUUGAACACAGAGAAAAUGUCAAUGUACAGAUUGAUGAGAAAUCUAUAAAUCAAAUUGUUCCUCCUAUAGAUAUUAGAGAAUCAAAUCAGAUAAAUGAAAAACAGAAAGCUGUUGUUAGAGCAUUUAAACAUGCAUGGAAAGCAUACAAAGAAUAUGCUUGGGGACAAGAUCAUCUAAAACCAAUUAGUAAAUCUUAUCAUAAUUGGUAUGGUGUGGGUUUAACAUUAAUUGAUUCAUUAGAUAUGAUGUAUAUGAUGGAUCUAAGGGAAGAAUUUGAAGAAGCCAAACAGUGGGUCCAAGAAAAAUUAGAUUUUAAUAUCAACAAAGAUGUCAAUUUGUUUGAAACAACUAUACGUAUCUUUGGUGGUCUACUCGGUGCAUAUCACUUAAGCAAAGAAAAGAUAUUUUUGGAUAAAGCAAUUGAUCUUGCUGAUAGACUUCUUCCAUGCUUUAAUUCUCCUUCCGGAAUCCCAUAUUCAGAUAUUAAUUUUUUUUUUUACUUAUUUUAUAUAUCAUUGUGUUCUUCUAUAACGACCUUAAACAACUCGAGUUAUCCUUGA